ACGCUUCGUGAGGACGGGCACCGCGAGGCGUAUCAACAAGCAAGCGGGGAUGUAAACGAGACGGACUCGGGCUCGGCGGGCACGGAGGGCUGCUGUCAGAGAAUGCCACAGCACGCGAACGCACCGUCUGCGCUAGCUCACGAUUGUAAGCGGUUGGCUCCCAGAUACAUAGCGAGGGACAUUUUGGCGUGAUUUUUUUUUUUUUAAAUUUGCAAAAGGAUCGUCCGGUGGACUACGCUAAACAUCCCGAAGCCAGCAUGCCUCCGGCUCAGAGCCUUCAAUCCAGCGGGCUGACUCUCUCAGAAACAAGCAUGGGUUCCUUUAAGAGGAGGAAGAGGAAAUCCAUAAUAGUGACGGUUCUGCUGCUCAUCGUGUCUGUGCUCAUCCUCAUCUUUGGCCUGGCAGCGACUACCAGGACGCAGAACAUCACAGUGGGCGGCUACUACCCAGGAGUCAUUCUGGGCUUUGGCUCUUUUCUGGGAAUUAUCGGCGCUCAUUUGAUAGAGAACAAGCGGCAGAUGUUAGUGGCAUCUAUUGUCUUCAUCAGUUUCGGAGUGGUGGCUGCCUUCUGCUGUGCUAUUGUUGAUGGGGUUUUUGCUGCCAGGCACAUUGACCUCAGGCCUCUGUAUGCUGGCCGUUGUGAGUAUCACUCCAGUGAGACAGCAUCUGACCGUGACGUGCCCUGUCAGACAUCGUCGCGCACACCCUGUAACCUGCGCGUGAAGAGCAACACCUGUUACUGCUGCGACCUCUACAACUGCGGGAAAGAACAUCCUCUUAUGGGACUUCAGAAUAAAGAUGUUUUGAAAAAGUUUAGGAAAUCAUCCAUGAUUUGGAAGGCUAGCCGUGUAGAGGUGAUCGGAGGCUACCAUGAAUACACAGAUGUGAAGAGCUGCCAGGACGUGGUGCACCUCUAUCACCUGCUGUGGUCCGCUACCAUCCUCAACAUCGUGGCCCUCUUCCUGGGCAUCAUUACCGCUGCGGUGCUGGGAGGCUUCAAGGACAUGACCCCCUCUUCUGCCUCAGAGAGUUCGUCUGAACCAGAGGCCAUCGCAGCUCCGGUCCCCCCAGGGCCUCCUCCGCCCACCACUUCUCUCAACUCACAUUACAACACUGCCCCCUGCCUGCCGCCUUACACUGCCUACGACCUGCAGGGCUCCUACAUGUUCCCCGACUCCUCCGGCCUGUCAGAUGACUCCCAGUCUGGAGCCAGCCACUUGUGGCCCACUAUGGUCCCUCCACGCUACUCCCCACCUCACAACCAUCCUGACGAGAAGCCCCCACCAUACAGCCCGUAAGACGGCUUCGAGCAAAUGAAAACACCGGAAGCGUCGUCAGCGUUGUUGUUAGAUGCUGAGUGAGUGGUUUGAAUGCACAGAGCCUCUGGGCUUUUCCUCACAAUCGUUCAGAAACGCAGUGAAGGAAAGGUGGCGAGGAGGAGGAUGGCCACAGAGCACACUAACUUUGAGUUCAGCCCAACACAAGGGAGUGAGUGUUUGUCUCACAGGACACCACUCACACUCUGGCCUGCACUCUGUGUAUGCGUGUGUGUAUGCGGGAGAGUGUAUGUGUGUGUGUGUGUGUGUGUGUGUGUGUGCUACGUGCGCGCGUGUAUGUGCGCACAUACACAUCAGGAGAGAGACAACCGGUUCAAAGCCAGGACUGUUUACACAUCUUUCUGCCUUAAUGCAAACGGACUUCCAGCGCUGCAGCACUCUGUCACCUGGAUGUUUUCUGUACAAGGUCAAAAAAAAAAAAAAAAAACCUCUCCUCCAGCUCAUGCUUUACGUUCACCUCUCUCAAGUACAUAGUGUAAAUGCUUCCUGCCUCGAGUGGUACUGAUGAUAACAUCCUCACUGUCGGCACCGCGAGGAUCUCGACUGAUCAGCACAGCUACGACCCUCAUGUGAGAUUUUAAUACAGUGAUGUGAAAGCUUCGGUGUCUCUCCCGAAUCCGGAUCAGCCAGAAUUAAGUUUAAAACUCUUAAGAGUUGUACGCCCAAGCGGUCGCUCCUUCAGCGGUUAAUAGUGUCAGUGUACAUCAUCAAAGGCACAGUUAGCAGUAACGGAGGUAUUACGUGCUCAUAACGUAUGUACAGCAGUAUGAUAUACAGAUGCUCCUUUAGCACAGUUAGGCCUAAGGUAUGCAAUCAGAUCAUGGUAUCUAUUUAUCAACUCUUAACUUUAGGUUAAAAAAUAUCCUGAUCAAUGUGUGGUGAACUUUUCAGAGCAGUGUUAAUGAAGAAAUAAGCUAAUCUACCUACAGCGGUUGUUGAGGAAAAUACAGUUAAUAGUUACACUCUGAAACCUAUUUAUUGCAUUUUCCACUAAAAGCUGAAAAGGAGGUUAAGCAUAUGUGCGUCUCUCUCGUUGUUAAGUCAUACUAACGUCACAUCUACGAGCUGAAAUGUGUCGUCUUUGUCAGGAGUAAGCAUUAGUGAGGCUGAGUGUGAACAGUCAGUGCUGGAUUCACUGACGUGAGAUCAUGAAAAGUCGAAGGAGAGGAACUCUCGGCACAAGUGUAAACUCACCCUGGUCCAUGAAACCAGUCUCUGUCAGCUUUAAUCACUGCUUUUUAUAAUUUAAACAACACAUUCUCAGGGGCUGAUGAAGUGUCGGUUCCUUUCUUUUGUCUUGCCAUUAAAAACUGU